GAUUCCGCCCCCACUGAGCACCAUUUGACGUGGAGUUAGUGGCUAAACAUCGACCAUAAAAUAAACUGCCUUCUGAUUCCUCUGAUCAUUGCAACUUUCCGAACUAAAUAUUCCAUAGGUUGAGGCACAAACGUAUCCUGUCCGCCUAGUCGAAAUCUUACCACCUCGCUAAUAGCGCCAUAGCCAUCAAAGGAUGUUUUUUCGUCCCGAUCUGCUCGUCCAUGGCGCCCUCUUCGUGCUCACCACAGAAUUACCAGCUCGAUGUUCCGGUGCCCCAAUGAAUUCAGGUCCACUUGCAUUGGUCAAGGAGGCACCAAAAUCCCAACAAAUAGUUGCAGGACCGGAGACGGAGGUAGCGAAGUUUCAUCGGGAUCUCAAAUCAAAAUUAGUAAAUGGGAACGGACAACACGAGGUGGAAUUCUCCACGCCUAGCAUGAUAGUAGACAAUGGGGACGGUACCAUUUCCGAGGUGUCUGAGAAAACUCAAAUCGGUUCUAGGCUGAUCAACAAAUCCGAAACAUCUGCUGAUGGAUCAAAGAUGUCUUACAAAGGCAAUCAAUCGUGGACUAGGAAAGUGACUGCAAAAACCACGUCCAUCCCAGGGCUACUCCAAAACAACCGCAUCGCAUUGCCCGAGCGUGUACUGCGUGCUUUGCUCCCGAUGUCUCAAGAAUCUCACAAUGCCCCUGUUGGUUUGCUUGAGUCUUCCACACCAGCAGCACCGCUACAUCAGGCGACGGCGCCCCAUUACAGCCAUCAGGCACCACCACUUCAAUCGCCCGCUCAACCUUAUGGCCCACCAGCGUCACGGGAGCCUCUCAUCGAAGAAGUUCACGAUGAGGAACCGGCCUCUCACACGACUUCCACUGUUCAUGAUCCGCAUGAUCACGAUUCUCACCAACAUCCACAAGACGAGCAUUCGGAAUCUCCCAAUCAAAGCCAAGCGGAACCUGCUCACAGCGCCGAGGACUCGCACGACCACGCGGAACCACCAAAACAAAGUCAAGUGCAACCUCCCCAACAAAGCCAAGUGCAACCUCCACAACAAAGCCAAGCGCAACCUCCCAAGCAAAGUCCAGCGGAAUCCGCUUACACCGUCCAGGACCCGGAUGACGAACCACAACCUCCCCCACGCAGUCAAGCGCAACCUCCCAAAGAAAGUCAUGCGGAAUCCGCUUACAGCGUCCAUCACCCAGACGACGAAGCACAACCUCCUAAAAAAUAUCAAGUGCAACCUCCCCAGCAAAACAAAGUGGAAUCCACUUACACCGUUCAGGAUCCGGAUGAUGAAGCGCAACCUGCCAGACAAAGCCAAGUGCAAAAUCGCAUGCCAAACCCAUCGAAUCAAGGUGUAAACCGAUCUCCAGCCGCACCCUACGACUUCUCCGCAAAGCUGGGGUUUGCGCCGAAGGAAAUUGAUUUCAAGCAAUUUCGGAUCAUUGCAGAGCGACACAUGGGUCUGGAUCCAAAAACGCUUGAUGAAUUCAAGGCUUCGUUCCAUGCUAAAUAUAAGCCCGCUCAAUUGGAAGACAGCUUCAAGAUUGAUCAAUCAUCCAUUGUCUAUCACUACCUGAAGUGGCUGAAUGACAAAGAGAAGACUUGGAAAAUUUCCGGGCAACUGGAGGACGGCCUCAAUCUGCGCCAAGGAACACAAAUUUUAUAUCCAAAGUUUGAUAGAAUGAACUUGGGAGAAAUGCUGGUGUACCAUCAUCCCGAGAUCACCCUGAGGCAAGAGAAGCACUUUGUGGAGUUUGCAACCAAGAAGAUUAAUCCCGACGGCAAGCUUCUCUACCAAUCUGUGGAUCAUCAAAGCUUUGGCAGACUGUAUCAAGAAUGGCAGGAGAGCAACAAGGGCUGGAAAUUCAAGAUGUUGAACUUGUACGAUAAAGCGCUUGGAAAGGCCCGCAACUUUUUCAAACGCUUCUCCCAGCUUUUCAAGAGGAAAAAAGCAUGAGAUGAUUUGCAACAAUUGUUGACAAGUAUCAUGUCGUCUUUCUUUUCGA